GCUUUGGGUUCCUCUGCAGUGGGUCCCCGGGUAGGGCCGUAGGGCCUCCUCCCCGAAACAGUUUCGGAGCUCGGAGCGGCGUGCGCGGCGUGCAUGUGCCGUACGGAGGGGGAUGGAGGUCUUCGCGGGGCUGGGCCUCGUGGCCACGGAGGUCUUCCGCUACAACCGCCAGAACUUCGCCUUCGACCAGGACCAGCGCUUCAACCGCGAUGAGAUGCGCCUGAAGAUGCAGGUGGAGCGGUUCCGGCUGUUCCGCCAGGACAUCCGAGAUAUGGUGGAGCUCACGGUGCAGAAGAUGGACUUGUACCACAUGGUGGGUGCGCUUUUCAUUCGCAUGAUCAGCAUCUACUAUUCCGAGGGCUUCUUCGCGCAGCCGCCGCCCAUCUUCUUGCAAGUGGCUUACUACUUGUCCCAGGCGUGCGCGCUGGUCUACUUGCUGAUGGCGAUCUGGCUGUCGAUGCACGCCUCCAUCAAGUCCCACAGCUACGCCACCCGCCUGCUCACCAGGUUCGUGCGCCUGCCGAUCCCUGGGUGCGAUCAGAUGGAUCUACUGAACGCGCGGUACUCGGACUUUGAGGGCCAAGGGCCUCAGAUGCUGCGGGUGCCCUUCUGGCAACGAGGAGCGAACGCCUGGAAAGAGCGGGCGGCUCCUCUGGGCAAGGCGGAGCUCCCGCCAGAAGCCGUCGCCACCUCCCCGGCCGCGCGCCUUUCCGCCGCCUCCGUCCACGCCGCGGGCGCGGGCGGCGUGGGCGGCGCGGGCGGGCCGGAUGAUGAGUUGGGGGACGGGGAGUUUGCCUACGGAGGAGAACACCAGUUGCUGGGGCGAGAGCAGGAGCUGCUGGAGGCCGUGGAGUUCCGCACCCGGCGCCACGUGGAGCUCUUUCGGCACCUCCAAGCCAGGUGGCAGUGCUUCGACGCGUACGCCAGGGUCUGCAUGUCCCUGGGCGUUCGGCACAUGCUGCAGUCCAUCAACUACUACCUCCUCGGACUCUGUAUGGUGCAGUACGACGCUCUGCAUGUGAGCCUCGUGAUCACCAUGGUCUUCCAGGCGCUGGCGGUGAACAUCACCAUCCUCGACAUCCACGGGCUGCCGUGUUUGGGGACCUUCGACCUCUCCUUCAUCGGCUUCCUGCCGGCCAUCGUGGCCUGCAUGUCCCUGGCCCUGGCCGCCCGGCGGGGCCUCGAGGAGCAUAACCUUUACCCCAUCUCCGUGGCCAUCUAUCCUCUGGAGCACCCGGCUGGUUGGGAGAUCGCCUGGUUCGAGCUGCUGCACUGGGUGGCCUCGCCGUCCUCGAACCGCGCCUCGGUGCCGCGGCACUUCCGCGCGGUGCUCUUCAUGGACCGCGCAGUCGGCGCUCGCGUCGGAGUCGUCGGAGUUAACCCCUAG